CCAGCACGCCCGGGGGGGCAGCCGGCGCUGGGCCGGGAAGGCAGCCCCGCUCCCAGCUCCCAUCCCAUCCCAUGCCGGCUGCGGCAGCAGCGCACAUCCAUCCAUCCAUCCAUCCAUCCAUCCGUCACCGCGCGGGGCGUGGGAAGAGGCGGCUCUGCAGAAGGCGCUGCCUCGGACGUAGCGCCAGCCCGGCGGGAUGAGCCGUGCCGGGCUGAGCCGAGCCAGGAUGAGCCGCGCCGGAGCCAUGGGCAGCUGGCACCCAGCGCGGUGACCGGCGGUCAUGACAACGGAGACGGGCCCCGGCUCUGAGGUGAGGAACGCGCAGGAGGACGCUCCGCAGCAGCAGCUGGAGGCGGCCGCACAGGGCCCCACGGCCGCGCCCAGCCCCGCCGGCCGCGACACCGACCCCAAUGAGAAGCUCGGGGCACAGCCCGACACCCGAAACAUGGAGCCGGGCACAGACGUGGAGGACAAGGACUACAGUGAGACCGACGGGCUCUCUGACAAAACAACUCCCAGCAAAACCCAGAAGUCACCCCAGAAAACCACCAAGAAAGUGAAGAGUGCCCUGUGCAGGGUGACCCUGCUUGAUGCGUCCGAGUAUGAGUGUGAGGUGGAGAAACAUGCCCGAGGCCAGGUGCUCUUUGACAUGGUGUGCGAGCACCUCAACCUCCUGGAGAAGGACUACUUCGGCCUCACCUUCUGUGAUUCAGACAGCCAGAAGAACUGGCUAGACCCCUCCAAGGAGAUCAAGAAGCAGAUCCGCAGUGGGCCCUGGAACUUUGCCUUCACUGUGAAGUUCUACCCUCCAGACCCUGCCCAGCUCACAGAGGACAUCACUAGAUACUACCUGUGCCUGCAGCUCCGUGCCGACAUCAUCACGGGGCGCCUGCCCUGCUCCUUCGUCACCCAUGCCCUGCUGGGCUCCUACGCCGUCCAGGCCGAGCUGGGUGACCAUGACACCGAGGAGCACGUGGGCAACUACGUCAGCGAGCUGCGCUUCGCCCCCAACCAGACGCGGGAGCUGGAGGAGCGCAUCAUGGAGCUGCACAAGACCUACCGGGGAAUGACCCCCGGGGAAGCAGAGAUCCACUUUCUGGAGAACGCCAAGAAGCUCUCCAUGUACGGGGUGGACCUGCACCAUGCCAAGGACUCAGAGGGCAUUGACAUCAUGCUGGGCGUCUGUGCCAACGGCCUCCUCAUCUACAGGGACCGGCUGCGCAUCAACCGCUUCGCCUGGCCCAAGAUCCUCAAGAUUUCCUACAAGAGGAGCAACUUCUACAUCAAGAUCCGCCCGGGGGAGUACGAACAGUUUGAGAGCACCAUUGGCUUCAAGCUGCCCAACCACCGCUCAGCCAAGAGGCUCUGGAAGGUCUGCAUAGAGCAUCACACCUUCUUCAGGCUGGUGUCCCCAGAGCCACCCCCCAAAGGCUUCCUGGUGAUGGGCUCCAAGUUUCGGUACAGCGGGCGCACGCAGGCGCAGACGCGCCAGGCCAGCGCCCUCAUCGACCGCCCCGCGCCCUUCUUCGAGCGCUCCUCCAGCAAACGCUACACCAUGUCCCGCAGCCUGGACGGAGAGUUCUCGCGCCCAGCCUCUGUCAGUGAGAACCACGACGCCGGGCCUGAGGGUGAGAAGCAGGAUGAGGACGGUGAGUUUGGCAGCAGGAGACGCUCUGAGACGGAGGAUGAGGAGGUGACCACCCCAACGAAGAUCAAGGAGCUGAAGUCGGAACACGAAACAACCCCCAGGCACAAGCAGGAGUUUUUAGACAAGCCAGAGGAUGUUUUGCUGAAGCAUCAGGCCAGCAUCAAUGAGCUGAAGCGGACCCUGAAGGAGCCCAACAGCAAACUGGUUCACAGGGACCGGGACAGGAGGCUGCCUUCCUCACCAGCCUCUUCCUCACCCAAGCACGAGGAUGAAACACCAAAGGGAACCCCUGAAAAGGCCACUGAGAUGAUGGAAGAGGACACCUUAGACGAUUUUGCAUCUGAGCAUGGAGCUUCCCUAAGCAUGGAGUCUUUCACACAGAAAAGCCUUGUCUCCUCUCCUGAGGGCUCGGAGCACUGGGUAUUUAUAGAGAGAGAAGCCCCUAGGCUGGAAGCUGUAGCUCUGAGGAAAACUCUGAGAGCCAAGACGGAAGAAGCACAUGCAGGGACCUUGGAGGGGAGCACGAGUGGGAGCCUGACGAAAGUGGUGGUGACGGUAGGGAAAGCCAAGGACGUGGCAGGCCAGGAAGAGCCAGCAGCUGCAGCCUUGGAGACGAGGAAGAGAGCCAAAAUGAUUGCUAGUCCCGAGGAUUUUGAGUCUGUGUGGGAGGAUGAGCUCUAUGAGAAGGAAAGCAGGGGUGAGUCCAGCCCAGGGGAGGCACAUCCACCUGCCGAGAGUGCAGAGGGGGGGCCCCAAGAGCCGGGCAAAGGCGCAGCCACCAGGGAGCCAGGGCUGCCCAAGCCCUGUCAGCAGCCUGAAGAGAGGCAAAGGACCAAGAUUUUGGAGCCAGGGCCUCCCCAGGGAGAAGGUGAGGUGCUCUCCAGGGACCGUGCUUCUGCAGCCUUCAGGAAGCAGGAGGCCAGAGUGCCAGCCACGGCGCCAGAGCUCCUGAAAAUUAAAGUGAAGGCUGGUGAUGACAGCUCAGAGACUUCUGCAACCCAGAGGAUCAUCUACUUAGGAGAUCCAGAAGGGGAGGAGAAGGACAGUAAAACACACCUGGUCUUGGGCACUGGUGGGUGGCUUGGCUUGGAGGAGAGACUAGAAGCUCCAGUAAACGUAUCUGGGGAGGGAUCCGAGCAUGUCACACCUGUGGCAGAAGGGUUCCAAGCCCUCUCCUCAGCAAGUCACCAGCACAGGACAGUGUCUGAAAAACCCACUGGAGCACCAGAGCCACCUGGGAUGAGCUGUGAUGGGACCAGCCUGGAGGGACAUCCCCUCUCGGGGUGGGAAGAGCUGUCCCUGCAGCCAGAGAAAGCACCUGGUGCUGGGGUGCCUGGAGGAGCACCCAUGGAAAGUGAAGCCCUGCUGAGUUCCCAGGAGGUGAGACCAGAGGAGAUGGAGCUGCAGAGCUCGGUGGGAGGCUUGAAGCCAUGUGACCUGGCAGGGGAUGGCCCCAGGGCUGAGGAGCACAAAGGGAGCCCAGCAGAGUCCCCAGAUAUCUGCCCAGCACUGGAGGGGCUCUCAGGAAGGGUUGGAGCAGACAGUGACAGGGAGGAAAGUAGCAGAGUGGUUCUUCAGAUGGAAGAGAUAGAGCCCAAGUCACCUCCAUCAUCAGCUGGGUCUUGGCAGGGCCACACUCACACCAUGGGGCUGGAGGGGGACAAACCCAGUGCUCCUGUCCCUCCACCCCUUCCCCAGAAACCCAGCCCAGUCCUUGUGGAGCCAUCUCCAGGUACGGAGCCUCAGGGCACCAGCCCUGCCAGAGAGGUGGCCAUGCCUGAGCAUGUGAGCCCCUCCAUGGAGGUGGCACUACCCAUGGGCACUAAUCCUGAAGCUGAAGAGCGAUCCCAAAAUGUGGCAUUUGCCUCAUGGAAACACCAUGAGGUGAAAAGUCCUGUUACAGGAAAACCACCCCAAAACACAGACACUGCAGCAGAGUCGAUCCAGGUUAACGACCUGGCCCCCAGGGAGGUGGCCCAGGACAUGGACACAGCACAGAGCAACAUGCUUGCCACUGAAGAGCUGCUGCAGGAAGAGAAGCCCAUGAUCAAAGAGCUCUUCCAGGGCCCAGGGUCAGGGAAGCCAACCAGAGAUGAAGGCUCUGGGAUGGAAGAAUUGUCCCAUGACAAAAGCCUUGGCAUGGCUGAGCUGCCCCCCAAGAGAGAAGAAGCAGAACACCAGACUGAGACAAUCCUGAGGGACUUGCCCCUCCACACUGCAGAUCCCAAAGCGCAAGAGCCACACCGGGACUUGGAGUUCAGUGUUGGACAAGAUCUGCAGGGUGGGAGCCGGACAAUCAGAGAAAGCACCAGGGACAGUGACCUGGCUCCGGGGCAGCCACCACAGGAUGACUCUCCCCCUAGAGCAGCUGCUGAUGUCCCACCCUUCCAGUCCCCUGCAGCAGGAUUGUGCCAAGGAAGCGAGGAUUCCCAGCUCUCUGCCCUGGUGAAUGAAGGCAGGACGGGGCAAUCAAGUGGUGAGACACAUCCAGCAGAGCCUGGGGUGUUGGUGUACAUGGCUGGGCUGGCAGGAGCUGUGGCCCAGGAGCAUGGGGAUGCUACCAUGGCCCCAGGAAGCCAGGAGGACAGCAAGAGCUACAGGGAAACUUCCGUGGCCUCCAAGAUCAAGAUGUUUGAGCAAGGCGAAGCAGAGCGAAGGGCGGCCCAGGAGGGACAGGAGCAUGUGGCUGAAGCUGAGACAUUCGUGACAGCCAUGGGGAAGGCAAAUCUGGCACAGGAUCUGCCUUUGAGCAGCAGCCUCGCCUCACCCUCUGCAGUGGGACCUGUGUCCAGCGUGGGCUCCUUGGCCCUCGGGCAAGGGGCUGGUUCAGGAGACACCUCCCAGCGUCACUCCCUGAAGAAACGAGUCUCUGCUGAGCCCGAGCACGAAGAAGACAGUGCCGACCUGGCCUCGCCCGACUCCGGCUGUGAGCUCACCCUGGCCGAGGCCGUGAGCAAAUCUCAGCAACCAAGUGGGGAAGAAAAGGAUUUAUGUGACCCAUCAGUAAAAUCCAGCCUGAAAGAAGAGAAUGUAAAGGCUGCUGUUCCAGUGGUCUCGCAGAGAGCAGGUGUGAGGGAGGGCCCUGAGGAGAGGGUGAAACCGCCCCGGCACAGGGCCCCCGAGAGUGACACCGGUGAUGAGGAGCCCGACCAGGAGAAGGACUCGGUCUUCCUGAAGGACAAUCACCUGGCCAUCGAGCGCAAGUGCUCCAGCAUCACCGUCAGCUCAACCUCCAGCCUGGAAGCGGAGGUGGACUUCACCGUCAUCGGGGACUUCCAUGGCACAGCCUUUGAGGACAUCUCCCGGAGCCUGCCCGAGCUGGACAAGGACAAGAGCGAAACAGAAGAUGAAGGCCUGGUUUCCUUCCAGCACACUGACAAAGUAGUUCCCGGACUGGAAGAGGAUGUCAAAGGCAGGGAUAAGGUGUCCCAGCCCAGCCCAGAUGUCUCCCAGCCAGAGCCCUCAGCCCCAAAAGCAGACACUGUGACUGUGAAGAAACCCGAAGCAGAAGGCUGCGCUCCCCAUCGGGUCAGCACCACAGACACAGCCCAGGUGGACGGAGGCACCCCAGGCAGCAGGGAUACCACCACCACUGCCCAGGCUGGCACCACAGAGACAGCGCUGGUGACCUCAGAUCACAGCACCAAGGCUGGCAAAGGGGCCGCUCCCACCACAGACCUUCGCUCCCUGUCACCGAUCUCAGGCGGCUCCGCUGGCAAGGAGGUGCUCACCAGCAUAUUCAGCGCCACUGCGGAAACGCUCUCCACCUCCACCACCACCCACGUUACCAAGACUGUGAAAGGAGGGUUCUCCGAGACCCGGAUAGAGAAACGCAUCAUCAUCACAGGAGAUGAAGAUGUGGACCAGGACCAGGCACUGGCUUUAGCAAUCAAAGAGGCAAAACUCCAGCACCCUGACAUGCUGGUAACCAAAGCUGUGGUGUACAGAGAAACAGAGCCCUCUCCAGAGGAAAGGGACAAGAAACCUCAGGAAUCUUGACCAACAUGUUCCUGGAAGCCAACAUCUGUAUUCCAACCUGGAGAACAGGGGAGAAGGAGCCUUCAUGCUGGAUUUAUCAGCAAGACAUAGACAUCCUGGCUGCAAUGUUCAUGGCAAGAGACAAAAAUUUUUAAAAAAGGAAUAGCAAAUAUAUUAUAUAUAUAUAUACAUACACCCAUAUAUAUAUAUAUAUAUAUAAAAACAGGAAACAAAAUGCAUCCUUGCACUGCUGCUAUAUGCUGGAAAUGAAUAGCGAACAACACCACCAACAAACAAAGCCAACCCUCUGCAGAUAAAUUGAAGAAUUUCCUGGAUUGGUGAUCAAAUCAGAUUUAAAAAGUCAUAAUAAUAACAAUAAUCUCGGUAACAAUACAAUAAGCCACCAUCUUGCAUGUUACAUGAAAGGACACACAAUCAUGAGUUCAUUUGUUGCACACUGAAUGGAAAGGAAAACUGCUUUGCAACAAAGCAAGUAAGCAAACUGAAGUAAAAAACCACAAGCAGAAGCAAAACCAUUCCCCACCUCUGGAAAGAAGAGAGAAAAACAUUCAAGUUAUGACCUUAGAGUUAUUUUCCAAUUCACAAGUGUCGUUUCGCCCUUCUCCUCAUUCCAUGCUGGUUUUUUGCAUUUUUUGGGGGUUCUGUUAACUCUUCCCCUUCCCUUCCUUAUCUUCUCUGUGCACUUGUCCAACCUCUUGUUCUCUGAAGGUAUUUAGGAAUGGGUUUCAUUUCAAACAAAGCAAAUGAUAUGUACAUGGUUUCUCAUCUCUAACGAGCAGCCUGUGGGGUUUCAUAUGGAUGUGCAUUUCAGUUCUGUAUAUUAUUCUAUAUAACGGAGGGGGAGGGAGGGAACAAUGCUGAAAUAAUUCAACAGUGCUGGUUCAGAUGAUGCCAACAUUUUAAAAUGGUUAACUCUUGGAUUGACUGUGGUUGGUGUACUUGGAGACUCUUGGAUCACCCUUGGGACUCUGAGUCCCACAGGAAGGAAUGGGAAAGGUUUUGGCCGCUGCUGGCUGGGGGGGAAGGGGAGAGGGCGAGGGACAGGAAUGUCCUGCUGGUGAUGUGUAGUGUGUGGUGGUGAGGUUUGGAGGGGCAGCGGUCACCUGGAGGGGCAUGGAAGGCUCCAGCUCCAACAGCCGUAGGCAGGAUGGGCUCCCAGCCCCCCAGAGCCACAGGGUCAGCUGGGAGCGAGGUGGGAGCUGAGGGGUUCGGGGCUCCCCUGCAGGAGCCCUGCCGGUCGGUGGGGUAGGUUUGCUUUGUUUCUGGAUCCCAGUAAUGGAGGUAUUUGAGUUUUGUACUAGGGUCAAAGGCAGAGGGGCUGUUUGUGCCCUGCCUCCCCCACUACCAGGGGUGUGAUGGCAAAGGGCUGGGGACAGCGCUGGCAGGGCCAUGGCAGUGCUCCCCUGUCUGCCUAGGGAAGGGCAGUGCAGGGAGCGUGCUGUGUCCAUCCCUGCAGAGUGUCCCCAGCGUCCCAGGCUGGAUGGGACAGCCCAGGAGGUGUCAGUGGAGUUGCUCCCAGCUCAGCCUUCAGCCACAGGCUCCUCCAGGGCUGCCUUUGGAAGGGGAUCGUGGGCCAAGCCCAGUGCCCCGUACACUGUGAACCAGGCAGUUCAGGUAGGCUCCCAACCAAAACCAGAAAGGAAGGGAAAGAAAUGGGUUUCCUUCUUGGAAUUGUCUCUAGCUCCCACAGAAACAGAAGGGCCCAUGAUUCUGCACCAUUUUGCCUUUAGUCUCCCACCCCUGACACAGGCUGUGCCCAGGACCAGGUGUGUUCUGCCAGGCCCUGCCAGGACUCGCAGGAUGCCUGAGCAGGAGCGCCUGAGCCAUGAGGAUGGCGUGGGCAGACCCUGCUCCCACUUGCCCUGGCCCAGCAGGGAGCUGCUCCCUGGCAGCUGCUCACCAGUGAGUCUGUUCUCCUGGCAGAGAGGCGUGGAAGGCAAGAGCACAGGGGCUGCUGCCAGUGUCCAUCCCCAGCUGCCAGCCGCGUGCCCCCAGAGAGCACAGCCCCAGCCCCACAGCACUUAGGGCAGUUGCAAAGAGGCUCCUUUUCUCUUGUUUGUUUUCCCAAUGCACCCAAGCCAGCCGUGCCCAGCAGUGGCCCUCCCAGGGGCGGUGGAGGGCAUUCACCAGUACAUGGCACCGUUCAGGGUUGGGGAAGCCCACCCGGCUGGGGCACCUCCACAGCCCACCCCAGGCCGCUGUAACCCUGCAGAGUUGCUUUUGGCAUGGUGCCCAGCCUGGGAAGCGAAGGCUGCCCUGGGAUUGAGCAGCCUUACAGAGUGAGGCUCCCUGUACGCUUGGGCUGCCGUGAGUUCCGUUUGCAGUGAGCAGCCCCUGGCUCCUGCAGUGUGUUCAUGAGUGGCACUGUCAAAACCUUUGUUGUGUUCUUAAAAAAAUUUUUAAAAGGAAAGAAAAAAAGCUCACUGCUUGUUCUCCUGGCAAGGUGAGGCUUGCUGCUGCUCAGCCCCAGCCUGCCCAUCACCACACUCUGUUUCGGAUAGCUAGCCACUGCUUGUUUUCUUCCAGGGGCCUUUUCUGUGGAAAGGGGUGGGAGACAUGAGUGCCUGUUUUUACCCAAUCCCACAAAUUCAUUCUGAACCUGGCCUGCAAUUGCAUGAGUAAUAAUAGCAGUAACAAUAAUAAUAAUAAUAAUAUUUAUUUUUAUUUGAGAAGCACCUUACCAACCAACUGCAACACUCUGUUGUUCCUUCACUAACUCUCCUUUUCUCUUCCCUUGUUCUCCCUCUCCCCCUUUGGUCAUACUCCUUUUCAGUGCUCGGUGGUGUUUGCGUGUGUGCUCACUGUUCUUGUAUUCAAUAAAAGUGAAAUAAAUGUGUUUGAUGCUAAAUCA